CGGCAACGGCAACGGCUGUUUCCCACUCCAGAGCCAGUUGCAAUCAGAAGCCAUCCAAACUGACUUUCGAUUCCCGUGACACUCCGACAGGCAACAUAUACUCAACAUAUACUCAAAACCUACGUUUUUUGCAAUUGUUUUCCUUAUUUUUUUUUGUAUUUUUUCAAUGUUUUAUUAUUUUGGACAGUUUUAUUGAUUCUCGAUUUUAAUAAACGCAUUGUUUACAAGUUGACGCGGUUUUAUUUCCAAAUCGGCAGCCCAGCGACGCGCAUCGAGUGCAAAGUGAAGUGCCCCAAGGGGAUGUAGUCAAAGAACACUUUAAAAUUGUAAAAAAAAAUUAAAUAAAAACAGAAUUAAAGUGCAAAAUAAAAUCAACAAUAGAAACAACCCAAAGAAAAUCAGAAACAACCAAUAACUUAAGAGCAAUCAGCAAACGGAAGACAAGUCAAGCCGCUUGGAUCCGGCACAACAUGCCGCAGCAGCUGCCGCACACAUAGGGUACACCUGCAACUGGAACACACACACACACACACAGACACACACAACGCACAGCGAGAAGCAAGAGAGACACAGUCAGAUACAGAAAGAGAUACUGAGAGGGAGAAUCGCAGGAGUCGAAAGUUAUAGGAGCAGCUACCAGUACCGCCACAGGGCAGAGACAGAGGGCCAGGAGAGGAGUAGGAGUAGGAUUAGAAGGAGCAGGAGGCAUCGCACAUUCCACACGACGCCAAAAUGGUACACGGACCACCAGCACGUAGAAAAUCUCAACAGCUGCAGCAGCAGCAGCAGCAGCAGCAACAACAGCAGCAGCUGCAUUGUGACAUGGAAAUGGAUCUGGAUGAAAUGCCGGCGCCGCCAGAUGGCGGCUGGGGCUGGGUUGUUGUUUAUGGCUCCUUCAUGAUUCACAUAGUCACCGAUGGCAUGACAUACUCCUUUGGCCUGUUCCACAAUGAGUUUCUCAGGUACUUCAAUGAGGGCAAUGGCUACACAGCCCUGAUCGCAUCUAUAAUGGUGGGCGUUACCUAUUCGUCGGGUCCCAUUAGCUCAUCCUUUGUCAAUCGCUAUGGCUGUCGAGCGGUGACCAUUGCUGGCGCCAUUCUGGCCGCCGUCUGCAUUGUUCUCAGCGUGUUCGCCCAGAAUGUGGCCACGCUGAUUGUCACCAUUGGGUUGGGCACCGGCCUUGGGUUUGGCCUCAUCUAUUUGCCGGCCAUUGUGAGCGUGACACAGUAUUUUGAGGCACGUCGAUCUUUGGCCACCGGCAUUGCUGUUUGUGGCUCAGGCUUUGGCACCUUUGUGUUUGCACCGGUGACGGAGGGGCUCAUUGGCAGCUAUGGCUGGCGUGGUGCGAUGCUCAUCAUGGGCGGCAUCGUGCUCAAUUGUGUCAUAUUCGGUGCAAUGUUCCGUCCAUUGGAGGCGCCGCGCCCCAAGGUCCACAAGCUGUCUAAAAAGUCGGCGAUUAUUGAUCAGAAUGUCACGCCUGCCGAAUUGGAGCCGCUCAAAGCAGUGACCGCACUUAAGCCAGCAGGCGAUCAAUAUCUGCAGCUGCCACAGCGCACAGAUGCGCCACCUUCCGCCGGCGGCAUCGGUGGAGGCAAUGGACUCUGUCGCUCCAACAGCGUUGGCCACAAUCUCAGACCCGGCCUGAACAAUAGCUCGAAUGGACUGCUGAAUGACGAGACCCGUAAUGCGCCAACGGUGGUGAAGAGCACCAGCAACAAUGACCUCGGCCGCCAAUUUGCUAGCCAGCCGCAACUGAUGCCCCUGUGGGAGGUGCAUCGGGAACGUAGUGCCAGCGGCACCAUGUAUCGCCCGGAUGCCCUUUACCAGGGCUCUCUGCACAAUAUACCGGAGUACGUCAGCUCCCGCAAUGAACUCUCCCGCUCUCGGUCUGGCUCGAACAUCAUCAAGCGCUAUGGAUCCCUAAGACAGAGUCAUCCUUUGGCCCAGAGUCAGGAGGUGACCAAAUGUUGCGGCUGUAUCAGUUGCUCCAAGGAGACGCGCGACACGUUCGCCGAAAUGAUGAACUUCUCCCUGCUGAAGGAUGUGAUCUUUGUGGUCUUCGCCAUAUCGAAUUUCUGCACAAGCAUCGGUUUCAAUAUGCCCUAUCUGUAUAUAGUUCCCCUGGCGAAAGAACUCAAUAUUAGCGCAAAGGAUGCCAGCUAUCUGAUCUCAGCAAUCGGCGUUGCCAAUACCAUUGGACGCAUCAUUCUCGGCUAUAUAGCCGACAAGCCUUGGGUGAAUCGCUUGCUCGUCUAUAACGUCUGCCUCACUAUUAGCGGCAUCGCCACGACAAUGGUGCCACUGUGCCUAGAUUACAACUCACUGCUCAUUUACUGCUGUGUGUUUGGGUUCACCAUUGGCGCCUAUGUUGGUCUGACCUCAGUCAUAUUGGUGGAUCUGUUGGGCCUGGACAAGCUGACCAAUGCAUUCGGGCUGCUCUUACUCUUCCAGGGCGUUGCCACGUUAAUUGGCCCGCCCAUAGGCGGUUGUUUGUACGACAUAACGAAAUCAUAUUCGCCGGCCUUCCUCUUGGCGGGCGUGAUGAUUGCCGUCAGUGGACUGGUCAUGUUUGUCAUUCCCCCGCUGCAGCGUUAUCUGGCCAAUAAGGCUAAACAGAAACCAAAUUGCGAGCAGAUGGCGCUCAGCUAGCUCUGUUCUCAUUGGGCGCUAGGGCGGGACAAUGUUUGAACAUGUAAAUUGUAAUUUUUUUACUCUUUUUUUUUGCGUGUAGCUAGUAAGGAAAAUAUAUAAUGAACAAUUGGGGAAAAAAAAAGCAAAUGCAACUGCGUGCAGUACGCGGCGAUAGACAAUAUAUGCACACACACAUACACAAAUACAUACUUACAUACAUACAUACAUACAUAGUGUGUAUGUACUAAGUAGGCCUACAUACAUAGAUGGAUGCACGUGUAUUCAUAGCUAUAGCCAUCAGUUAUUUAUAAAGAACCUAUCCAAUAGGAAAAUUGGGGGAAUAACAACAAUAACACAACCGUCAAUUUCUGUUUACAGUCUUAUUUUGAACCUAUGCGUACUUUGGAGUACUUAUUAAUUGCGUUUAUACUCGGCCCGCGUGCAUAAACAGGCAAACAUAGAUACACACACACACACACAUAUAUAUAUAUAUAUAUAUAUAUGUAUAUUUUGUUUAGUUUUAAUAGAUUGAAAAUUAUAUUUACUAUUAUGAUAUUUGCUGUACCAUUAAAGAAAAGCAACAACAAUUUUCGAUAUA